AUGGGAGUGAAAAUCGACGGUCGACAGUUACACCAUAUUCGCUUUGCUGAUGAGAUCGUCCUUAUAACACCAAACAUUAACCAAGCGGAACGUAUGCUUGAGGAUUUUGAUAAAGCCUGUGGAAAGAUUGCUCUUCGAUUAAAUCUCACAAAAACCAUGUUCAUGAAGAACGUAUUGGUUUUGCAUGCCCCAUUCACGCACAACGGAACGAAUGUCUCCGAAAGCUCCAGUUAUAUCUAUCUAGGUUGGGAAAUCAAUAUGAUAAACGACAUAGCACCAGAGCUGAGCACGAGGAAACGAGCGGCUUGGGAAGCUUUCAAGAGCAUCGAGGAUGUAGUGAAGAGAACAAAGAACGCCGGACUCCGUGCCCACCCUUUCGACUCAUUGGUACUUCCUGCCCCAACGUAUGCGUCGGAAACCUGGUUACUGCGCAAACAGGAUGAAAGGUCACUCAGCUUUAUCGAAGGCGCAGUCGAAAAGACGAUGCCAGGAAUAUCCCGUGUCACACAAGUACGGGAAGGGAUCCGAAGGUCCGACCUAUGCUAA